AUGCAAUUGGGAACCCGCUUCUGCUGCUGCUUAGGCGGCGUCGCCGCCGGGGACGAGGAGGGCGAACGGACGGAGUCGUUGAUCCGGUCAUCUGCGACCCGGAUGAGGUCGAGGGCGCAGGAGAUGCAGGAGGAGAUCGGGGGCAGGUGCCGCAGCCUGAUGGCGCGGAUCGGGCGACACCAUAACCGGCGUCGGGGCCCCUGCGAUUUUGGGUACGAUUCGGUCAGCUACGCCCUCAACUUCGACGAAGGGAUGGAGGAGGACGAGGAGGACGCCCCCGUCGGCGGUAGGUGCCGGUACAGGAACUUCGCUUCGCGCCUCCCCGACUCACCGCCGCCCCCCGCCGCCGCAGUUGUGGUGGCGUCUUGA